GACUUUGAUCACAUUAUGGAGGAAGGCUCUGAACUUGACCUCACUUACAUCACAGAGCGGAUUAUUGCUGUAUCGUUCGCUGCAGGCUGUUCUGAGGAAACUUACUUCCACAAUCUACAAGAAGUAACACAAAUGCUCAAAUCCAAACAUGGUGAUAAUUACUUGAUAUUAAACCUCUCUGAAAAGAGGUAUGACCUUGGCAAGCUUAACCCAAAGAUUAUGGAUGUGGGGUGGCCUGAUUUCCAUGCUCCACUUCUUGAUAAGCUGUGCACCAUCUGUAAGGCUAUGGAGUCCUGGCUGGACAAUGAUCCUCAACACGUGGUGGUGAUCCAUUGCAGAGGAGGAAAAGGAAGGAUAGGUGUAGUCAUAUCAUCAUAUAUGCACUUUACCAAUGUUUCUGCAAGUGCUGAUCAGGCUCUAGACAGAUUUGCUAUGAAGAAAUUCUUUGAUGAUAAAGUUUCAGCUUUAAUGCAGCCGUCCCAAAGAAGAUACGUGCAGUUCUUAAGUGGCCUUCUAUCUGGAUCUGUGAAAAUGAAUGCAACCCCUCUUUUCCUGCACUAUGUUAUCCUUCAUGGCAUCCCCAACUUAGAUGCUGGGGGAGCUUGUUGGCCUUUUCUGAAGUUAUACCAGGCUAUGCAGCCAGUUUAUACAUCUGGAAUAUAUAGCAUACAGUCAGAAAAUCAAAGUCGAAUCUGCAUUGCUAUAGACCCUGCCCAGCUUUUGAAAGGAGAUAUUAUGAUAAAGUGUUAUCACAAAAAAUACAGGUCAGCUACUCGUGAUGUGAUUUUUCGCCUUCAGUUUCACACUGGAGCUAUUCAAGGACAUGGCUUGGUGUUUGGCAAAGAAGAUUUGGAUAAUGCCAACAAAGAUGACCGUUUCCCUGACUACAGCAAGGUGGAAUUAGUGUUUUCAGGAACUCCAGAGAAAAUUCAAGGAUGUGAACACCUUCAUAAUGAUCAUGGAGUAAUAGUUGAUUACAAUACAUCAGACCCACUGAUACGCUGGGAUUCGUAUGAAAAUAUGAGCCCUGAUGGGGAAGUAUUGCAUACCCAAGGAUCCAUUGAUGGCAGUCUGUAUGCAAAAGUGAGAAAGAAGAGCUCUUCAGACGGCAACAUCCCUGGUGUUUCUCAGGGUGUUCAUGUUACAGGCAGUCCUGAUCACAGUGAUCAUACCCUGUCUGUCAGUAGUGAUUCUGGACACUCCACAGCUUCCAUCAGAACAGACAAGACUGAGGAACGCCUUGUCCCAGGAGUUAAAUGGGGUCUGAGCCCACAAGAGAAGGCAGAACUGGACCUGCUACUUAGUGGCUUUGGUCUAGAGGAUUCUGUCAGCACUGCCAAGGAUAUGACUGAUGCUCAAAACAAGUACAGUGCUACUCACCACAUAGUGCCAGCUCACAUUCACAUGAAUGAAGUCACCAAAAUGAAGGACAGGGAGACUGAUAUUCUGGAUGAUGAAAUGCCUAAUCAUGACCUUCACAGUGUGGACAGCAUUGGGACGUUGUCUUCCUCAGAAGGGCAGAAUUCUACCCACCUAGGGAACUUCAGUUGCCACAAGAGCAGUCAAAACUCACUUUUGUCAGAUGGCUUUGGAAGUAAUGCUGGGGAAGAGCAUCGCAAUUUUGUUGCAGACCUGGGCAUUGGUGUGGAUUCUGUCUUUGAGAGGUCAUUUGGAAGCACUGAGCCAAAGUCAACUGAGCAAUUGCAACAGAAUCCUUCUAUCUCACCCCAUCCACAAGCCUAUCACCCAACUAACUACUCUACUCAGACCUGGGUACGCCAGCAGCAGAUGGUCACUGCUCACCAAUAUGGUUUUUCCCCAGAGAAUGAAAUUAGGGUUGGCAUUCAUAACACUGUGGAGAAGUUGGGCAGUGUCCAGAGCCAGUCCCAAGUCCCAGAUGCUCCAACACGUAGCUCUAGCAGCAGAGAUGCUGUGCAGAGAGGGCUAGGAAGCAUGCUGGGUGCUGCAGAAGCUGAAGAACAUGAAAGUGCUGACAAUUUUAAGUCAAGGUCAGUGCCUCAGAGGAACACAAAUGGCCUGGAUGUAGGACAAAAUGCUGGGGACUUGCCAGCUUCUCCAACUUUGGAUAUUGAUCAGUCCAUUGAACAAUUGAACAGGCUGAUCUUGGAGUUAGACCCUACAUUUGAACCUAUCCCAACCCACAUUGACUCUCUCACCAGUGACAGAAAUCAAGUAAAUGACUUCAGCAGCCUUGAUGCACACAUGGAAGAGCUUAACAGUAGUUCUGGCUUCCAUGACAAAUUUGAGGUCAGAAGCAGGAAUGCCUCUGGAUAUGCAACAGGUAUGCAAGAUGAUGAUGCAACAGGGAAAAGGCUCAGAAAGUUAAGUGUUGGGCAGUAUGACAAUGAUAUUCCUGGGGAAUCAUCACAUAACAGGUGUGGAUGGAUGAAGUCUGCUAGUCACCAGGCUGUAAUUCCAAGAUCACCGGUUGCUGAAGGGAAAACUAAGGAGAUGAUUGUUGUACAUUACCAAGAUGAAAUAGAUGGGGGCAUCUUCUCUGCAAUAAAAAAUGGAAAUGAAGCUGUCACAUUCACAUCAACUUUUCCUCUGUCACCAGAGGUGACAUAUGUGACAGCACAUCCACCAUGCCAUCAGCAGAUUCCCUCCAGCCAAAAGGUCAGCAGCCCAUCAGAGCUGUACAGAACCAUUUCUAAAUCUCAAAGUUACACGGAGGCCAUUAACCUCUCUGUGGUGAUGUCUGAUGGCACCGUGGGCACUAACUCUUCUUUGCUGAGGGCCAACAUGCAGACUGAUCCCUCUUUUCAGCGCUGUUUUGCAUCUUCAUCUACUAUUACAAAUAGCAGUCCUAUCCCAGGGGCAGAAAGCUCUUCUGUCACAGAAUAUCCUUGGCUUGAAAACAGCUCUAAAGCUUCCCUGUCAACCCAGUUUUCAGUGGGAAACACCAGGCAGCCAGGAGGUUACCUUGUGCCCUCUGAAUUUUCAAGUGCUGUGCAGGAUAUCUCUCUCCUGUCUCAUUUCCAAACUCCAGGAAUGCAAGUUGUCACCCUGAGCAACCUGGAGAGUUCACCAGCAAAGCCACACCAAGAACAUGGUAUCAGCAGCAGUGCCCAUGCCUACCUGAGCUACAGCACUGGUACCAGGGACAGUAGCUCAUCCCAAGAGGAGACACAAGCUACUUGCAUAGCCAAUGCUAGCACAUCUAAAACGUUGAGCUCAUCAGUGGCAAGUGCUGAUGACAAUGACUUUUUGAUGCAGAACUUUCUCACAGUGACCUCUGGACACAACAGCCGGAACAGUGCAGUUUCACAUCACCAUGGAGGGAACCUACAUGCUCAACCUCCUCUUCCAGAGAAGACGAGGUCCUCUGAAGGAGAAUGUUCCGUUUACUCUGUGUCACCGUCUUCAAGUGGCUUCUCUAGCCCUCACAGUGGAAGCACAAUCAGUAUUCCCUUCCCAAAUGUCCUCCCAGAUUUCUCAAAAAUGUUAAGCCCUUCUCCAGUGCCAGAAGACACGGCUGAUAAACAUGUGACCGUAAAAUUUGUUCAGGACACAUCCAAGUUCUGGUAUAAGCCAGAUAUUUCAAGAGAACAAGCCAUUGCUGUUCUCAAGGAAAAGGAACCUGGGUCUUUCAUUGUUCGAGACAGUCAUUCUUUCCGGGGAGCCUAUGGGCUAGCAAUGAAAGUUGCCACACCACCUCCUUCUGUGCUACAGUUAAAGAAAGUUGGAGAUUCAUCAAAUGAACUUGUAAGGCAUUUUCUGAUUGAAUGUACUCAGAAGGGGGUACGCUUGAAAGGAUGCCCGAAUGAACCAUAUUUUGGGAGUUUGACAGCUCUAGUGUAUCAGCAUUCCAUCACUCCACUGGCAUUGCCCUGCAAGCUCCUCAUCCCAGACAGAGAUCCCUUGGAGGAGAUAGCAGAAACUUCUCCACAAACUGCUGCAAACUCAGCUGCGGAGCUUCUCAAACAGGGUGCAGCUUGUAACGUUUGGUACCUGAAUUCAGUGGAGAUGGAGUCCCUCACAGGAUACCAGGCAGUACAGAAAGCUUUGAGCCUGACGCUGAUGCAAGAUCCGUCUCCUAUCUCAACCGUUGUCCAUUUCAAGGUGUCUGCUCAGGGAAUCACACUGACAGAUAAUCAAAGAAAACUCUUUUUUCGGCGACAUUAUUCAGUCAACACUGUUAUUUUCUGUGCUUUGGAUCCACAGGACAGAAAGUGGAUGAAAGAUGGUCUUUCUGCAAAAGUGUUUGGGUUCAUUGCCAGGAAGCAAGGCAGUGCCACAGACAACGUAUGCCACCUCUUUGCAGAGCAUGAUCCAGAACAACCUGCCAGUGCUAUUGUAAACUUUGUAUCAAAGGUCAUGAUUGGAUCCCAGAAGAAGAUCUGAUGCCUUUCCAUCCUUGAUUCAGAACUCUUUGCUGGCUUCACUGAAGGAAAUCACUGUGAGAGGGAGAAAAACUAUUGAGCAACAAUGUCUGAAUAUUGUCAUUCCCAAUAAUGAAAGCAGAGGAUGAUCUGUGUAUUGUGUUUGCAAGACCUCAAGCUUUUAUUUCAAGGUGCAUUAUUUCUUUGUUUUUAUAUCAGAGGACAAAACAAAAGAAGCUGGGUGCCACCCUAAAUCACGUAGCCCUUACCUGAAUGAAGCAUAAAUGAAGAACUUUCCUCCUGAUGAGUUCUAAUGUAUCUUCAUAUGCUGUUUCUCAUAGUUUAUUGGAGCAGAAAUACUUAGUAGAUUGCACUACUUUUUUGUUCAGGAAGUGUUUUGUAAAGCCUCCUCAAAGACACUUGCCAUGAUUGCAUUAAUGGUAGUUACAGGCCUUGCAAACAUACUUUUAGGAGAGUGAUCAUCUGAGGAAAACUAUUUGCUCUUCCCUAUGUCUUUGUGAUCAGUGAUGAGAAUUGAAUGGAGAAACGGGAAGAUGCAUGUGAAGAGAACGUUUGUGCAAGUUGUUUUGUGGUAAGAAAGGAGUGGCAGUAUGGAAUAUUCAGGAAGAUUGCUCUGUAUUUAGUGUUAAGAAGGCUGAGCUAUUUUAGUUUGAAAAUUUUUCAGUAGAGCAGAAGUGGCAAAACAAAAAGAGGUGUGAAAAUCUCUUCUGUAAUUGAGGGGGGGGUUGUAAUUUUUUUAAUAUGGAGAACUAGGCAGGGGAGAUUAAGCAUUUUAUAAUUACAGGAUAAAAAUGAGAGGAAAGCAAAGAGAAAGAUUGUAUAAUUUAUGCAUUUUCACCAGUGACAGAUUAUUUAUAGUGAAUCUCAGAUCUUGGUAUGCCAGAGAGAUAAUUCUUAAACUAGACCACUGUUGAACUUUACCUUUAGCACUAAUUUGUGUAAGCAAAUGUGUGUGUAGGCUGGGCCUUGCUAGAGAAAAUAGUCUGAUAUUUUGUCUUUUGUCUUACAGUGACAACACUCUUCCCAUUUUCUGCCUCUGCAACACUGUUUUAUUCCCCUACAUAAUGUGUAACUAUAUUUACGGACUCUUCUACCCCAUUAUUUUGCUGGAGUUCUGAGGAUUAUUUUACCUUUUUUUUUUCAUCUAUAGGAACUAUAUUGAUUUGUUAUUCCUUGAGCUAGAGAAUCUGAAAGUGAAUUGAAUUUAUUUUGUUACUUCGUCCCAUUUCUUGAGAGCAUUUAUGUCAUGAUUUCUGCAUCCAGCACACUUGUGCAUAUCUCUUUAUCUUUCUUAACACAUUGAUAUAUGAAAUGCAUAAGAAAGUACUAUUUAGCUUUAUGGAAAAUUGAUGCAGUAGGUUACAGUGGAAGCCUGAAGUGGAAGGGAGAGUAAGCCACUGAAAUCUCCUGUGCAGUUCCCAUUCAUUCAAAAAGAGCAGUACUAGACCCCUGUAUCAGAACUGAUGGUUAUAAUGCAACUUUAGUGGGGCAAGUGCUGAAAAAUUUCAUUGCUUCUAUUUCUUUCAUGUACAGCUGUCAACAUUAUGUUAAAAACCUGAGGAAUAAAAUAACAUUUUGUAUUUUGUAUGUUGAUAGAUGAGCCACUUUAUCCACUUGUAGAUUUUAAUCCUUUUAUCUGCCAAUUUGAACUAUAUUUGCCCUGUAUAAAAUAUGUUUUUUUUAACAGCUCUCUCUGUAUUUCCUGAAGUGUUGGGGCCAUUUUAAACCUUUUUCAGUGACCAUAGCUGAAGUGUUACCAAAUUAUUUGUGUAACUACCAAUUUUGUGUAAAUAAUUUUAUGUUUUUUAAGAGGAAAGUGAGGAGGAAGAGAGAGAGAGAAGAAAUACUUGAAGUUUGAUGUAUUUGGACCAGAAAGUGGUCUGUUAGUAGCAGCAGGCAUUGGAUAUCUGUAGAGGGGUGAAGCAAUUCAAAGUGCGGAAUUCAAUAGUUAUCCAUUGAAGCAAAAAAGGCAAGUACCUCUGAUCAGUAACAUAUAAUUCUGUUCUUUUGGCACAGAGGUAUACUACUUAACAGUGUUUAUGUACCAUCCAAAAAAAGAAUGCAGUUCUUACAACUAGGAGCUUUGCUCCUUUUAUAAAAUAUGCGAACAAGUUUUCUUUUAAUAUUCUUUUGGUAUAGUAAGGUUCCAGUUGCGUAAUCUCAUCACCCUGUUGGAGCCCACAGAAAUUCUUCAGCUGACAUUAAAAGUAGAUUUAAGUCCCACUUAGAUUUUAAGCUGAUGUGUCGUAAGAAUUGAAAUGAGGAGGAUUUUUAAACUAUAUUUUUUCACUUAUGUAGAUAAUAAAUUUUAGUGUAUCUUCUUAGACACUAAGUGUUGGCCUUUGGGCUGAAAACAAAAUGUCUUUUUUUCCUGUAUAUUGUCAUUUCCAUUCAGGACCUUAUUUUAUAUUCCUUGUGCUUUCUCAAGGUGUGCUGAAUUCAAAAGCAUGAGGGAUUGCAUGCUGACACUCCUGGUGGUAUUUUCUGGGAGUCUAGCUCUACUUGCCAAGUGGGAAAAAAGAAGUUACCCUGUUUCUCAGGGAGAUUUUCUAUUUUGCAUUCCCUUGGAUGGUAUAUUGCCAUGUGCAUUUGCUUUUUAAUGAAUUUUAAAAUGGACAAAGCAAGAUAGUUCAGUAUGUAACAUUAUGUAGUCUGUGUAGGAAAAUACUAAUGGAACUUACAUGUUCAUGGCAAAUAUAAGAUUACUUUCAAGAUUUUUGGUAGAUAUGUAUAUACAAUUUCAUAACUAAUAGCAGCAAGUUGACAUAUAUAUUUAGCCAGACUCCAGUUAAUGUGGUUCAUAAAUACGCUAUUAUAAUCAUACAGUGUUAAACUACAAAAAUGCUAAAAGCCAUGCUUUAUAUUAACGGUUUCAUGUAUCCAACACUCUCAUUAUAUAUUUAGUAUUUCUUUCUUGUUUUUUCCUACUAGUGAAAAUUUUAAGUUUUUUUCUUCAAACUGUAAAGAAGCAUCUAAAAGUCUUCAGUAUAUAAAUGAAUGUUCUGUAAAUUCUUUGUAUAGUCAUUUUCUAUGCUCUUCAGAUACCACCUCUUUCAGAUUAUAAUAAAAUUACAAAAGUGAAAUUCCACCACUCGGUGUCACAGGGCAGUCUAUUCUGAAUGAAAGUUACCUUCUGGCAUUUGAAAUCAGCUAAUAAGCAAAACCUUCUUCAUGAAUGAAGAAUAAUUUGAGUGCUUAGUUGUAAGAAAUGUUUGAGAUUUCUUUCAAGGACUUCAGAUGAGCCUGUUAGUGGUUCAAGUCAGUUGAAGUGUAUGAUUUUCCUAGUUAAUUUGUGGUUAUAAUGGUAUAAAAGUAUCUAUUGCUUGCACUGCAUAUUUCAGUGUAAGAAGGAAGAAUAUGAUACCAUCCUCUGAGAUACUGUAACCAUUUAACUUUGCCUCCACUCUGCUUACACUGGAAAACCUUCCAGAGGGGGCUGAGAAAUUCAACCCCUGUCUGAAACAGUGCAUCAGCCAGACAGUGAAGAUUGAGUUAUAUACAUGCUUUAUCAGGGUUAUUUCUGAGACUGAUAAACUCUGGUAUGUCAUGCUUAUGCCCUUUCUGUGAGUGUCUUGGUUUGAAAAAACAGGUGUCUGCUGAGGAAGGCAGGAGCCUCUCCUGAAAUGGAAAAUGUAAACCCCCUCCCUCUGAAUUGUUAUAAUUUUGAAAUUAAGGGGCUCUCAGGCAAAGAUAUGGGAAAAGGAAUAACAGUUCUUUAUUAGGGGAGAAAAUGAAAAUAAAAAAUGCAAUGAUACAAAACAACACUGACAGAGAAUAUGACCUAACACCCUGUUGUUCAGGGUGUUGGUAGCAGUCCAAUUAAAUGCUGACUGCACUCCUCCUGGAGUUACAGAUAUGGUUCUGUUGAAGCAAUGAUCCUGUAGAAGGGUGUCUUUUUUCCUCUGAAGGCCCAGUCGUGGUGUAGAUGGGCCUGGUCUUCCUCUGGGAAUCCAGUGGAAAAGAAAGCUGCUGCUCUGGUCUAACAGGAGAUAAUAGAAUACAGACCCCCACCCACAUUUUGCAACCCAGGACAGUGAGGCAUACAGUGGCAGGAAUUUUUCAUUUUGUGUGCUUGACUGUCAUUCAUCAGCACCAGUGAUUGUGAGGUUUAUGCAUGGUUGUAAAGUGACAUUUGUCUAUUAAAAGUGUUGGUCUUUUAUUAGAAUGAAUUAUAAUGUGAAACAGAUGACAAGGAUGCAAUAGUAAAAUGAUCUUUUGUGUCAGGAGUCCAUUCUCUCCUGUUAAACUUUUGUCCUUGAACCUGGAUGCCAUUGUGUAUGUGUGCUGCUGUUAGGUGUAUUUUAAGGCUGCUCUGGAGUGUCUUUGCUCCAGUGGAAGAAAAUCUGCUUUCAGGAUUCAUCCUAGAUAGUUUCACACUAGUUCAUAUGCAGUUGUUCUUAUACCAGUGUUCCCUUAGUAUGAAUAACUGUCCUCUCCUUGAGAUAUUUAUAGCAGGAGUUCUGCUCCCCCUCAGUCUUCUUUUGGCAAGGCUAAACAAAAGCAUUUGGCUUUUAUGUGCUUUUGUGUUUGAAAGGCUGUUUUUUGUCCAAUAUGUAAUUUGUUUGGAGAGACUCUUAAGUAUACAGCCAGACACUGUAUAAAAAGGGGCAGUAGCUGCUGCCUUCUAAUUUUUAAAAUGUUUGUAUUAGAAAACUCUUGCAACCAGAAAACUCGGCCCACAAGAUAGGCAGAGUAAAUCUUUCAUCUGCUUCUGCUGUUGAUACCUAGAAUAAAGGUUACAGUAAUGUAAACUGUAUCCAGGGGUGUGGACGAAGGAAAUUACAAGGGCAAAUAGCUGAAGAAGUUUUUAAAAGCCAAAGUCAGAAACAGGAAACUUGCAGGAGACCUAGCGCAUCUGGCAAGCUACCAAGAGGGCAAUGGGGAGCUUUUUAGAGAAUUAAAGGAUCUUACUGAAUAACUGAGAAGGGAUUUGCAUCACAUGUCACAAGGGAUAUCAAAUCGGAACUGUUCCCUUUCUUUGAAGACAUUUACUGUCUCACAAGGUACAAAUAUUUGGACCAGUUUUAAUGUUUUAUUAUUUGCAGAAUCACAGGGUGGUUGAGGGUGAAAGGGACCUAAAGAGAUCAUCUAGUCCAACUGUGUAGCUUAAAUAAGGACAUCUAGAGCCAUUUGCCCAAACAGCUUAAAUUUACCAGGGGUAGAAUCUCCAGUCUCCCUGAUCAAUCGGUGGUAAUUCUUAGUCACCCUCACAGUGUUUCUUAAUAUUCAGAGCUAACCUCCUGAGUUUCAGUUUGUGCAAAUCACCUCUUGUUCUGUUAAGGAGCAUCACUGGAAAGAGUCUGGCACCCUCCCUGUAUUUAUACACAUUGAUGAGCUGAGCCCUCUUUGCCAGGGCACAGCUUCCACAGCCUCAGUUUUGUGUCAUCAACAAACUUCCUGAGGAUACACUCUGCCUGAUCAUUCAUCCAGAUUAUCGAUUAACAAGGUAUGAAGGACCCGACCCAGUAUGGACCCCUGGGAUAGACCACUAAUUACUGGCCUCCAACUAGACCUUGCACUGCUCAUCAGCAGUGUUGGUGCCCAGCUAUGCAGGCAGUUUUCAAUCCACUUUACUGUCUGCCUAUCUAUGUACAUCAACAGCUUGUUUAUGAGGGUAUUAUCUGAGACAGUGUCAAAGGCCAUACUGUAGUCCAGGAAGACAGUAUCUACUGGUUUUCCUUGAGCUAAGCCAGUAAUUUCAUCAAUUACUUCCCUUUAAUGAAGGUAGAUCAGCGAUUACUUCCCUUUAAUGAAGCCAUGCUGACUCCAUGGAGGUAGACAGGGGGCUGGAGUACCUCCCCUGUGAAGACAGACUGAUGUGGAUGGUGUAGCCUAAUAAAGUGAAGGCUCCUGGGAGACUAUAACCUUCCAGUACUUAAAGAAGGCUUACAGCAAAGAUGAGGAAGGACUUUUUAUCAGGCAGUUUAGUGAUCAGAUGAUGGGUAGCAGAGUAAUAAUUUUAAAGAGAAAGAGGGUAAGUUUAGAAGAAGAAAUUCUUUGAGUCAAAGGGUGGUGAGGCACUGGAACAGGUUGUCUAGAGAAGCUGUGGAUGCCCCAUCCCUGCAAGUGUUCAAGGCCAGGUUGAAUUGGGCUUUAAGCAAGCUGAUCUAGUGGAAGAUGUUCCUGCCCUUGUAGAGAUCUUUAAGGAUCUUCUCCAACUCAAAAGCAUUCUAUGAUCUAUGAUUCUGUGGCCCACAAACAGGUGGUGCUUUGCCUUGUAAAGAUUUCUUCUCUAGGUACACAAUUUCAGCAGUGUUUUAUGGAAGGUGUUCUGGGUUGCAGCUAAUCACUGGUGCCUUUACAGUAAGGUAAGCAGUGUUUACGAAUGGAUUCACCUCAGAUUUCUGCAUGACCUUUUAAAAAAACUAAUUCUUUAAAAUCAUUAAAGUACAUUUUCAUAAUGUAAAAAUCUUCUAAUGUCUUUAGUAGUGUUAUUUGAAGAGUUGUUUAAAAAGCAGAACUUGCUUUUUAUGUAACAAUGAAUUAUUUUCUGUUACAUACUGUCCUCAAAUUUUGUUUUAAAUAUCUACAACUAUUUGUAUCCAGUCUAAUUAAAUCUGACUUUUGGAUUUUUUUCUGUUGCCACCUGUAUUAUGUACAACUUCUAACCACUUCAGUCUCUUUCCAUAACAAGUAUCUGGUACCAGGUAUUUGAAAUAGCACUUAGAAGUCUGUUAAGGAUUUUCAUGAGGAAAUGUGGCUUAACAUGUGUCAGUAUGUUCUGUCACAAGGCAAUUAAGAAAAAAUCCCUAAAGGUUGUAUUGAGCAUGUAGUGGCAUAACUACAGUAUAUGGUAUAUACAUGCACUGAAACUUGUAUGUAAAUUUGUUCCUGUCAAAUAUAUAUUUAGUCUCAUGCCAGUUGAAGAGCAUCCAGAUUUGGUAUUUUUUCUGUAUUACUUCUUACAUGGGACCCAUCCACACCUGUUUCUCAGCAGAAAUGGAAUAAACAUGGUUUGAAUCUCUUCAGUGGCAACAGUUAGUCACCUUUCACUGUAACUUAAAACUUUUGUGCCUUAUUUUGUUAGAAUAACAUGUUGAAUAGCUCAGAAUUUUGCUUGCUCCUACCUAUGAUACAUUUGUUAGGUGUGGAAUACUUCCUGGCCUAAACCUUAGUCCAGUUCGUUGAGUGACAUGCAGUCUGAGUGUACAUUUUCCUGUGUGCACUGUCACACAAUGUAUUGGUUUUGCAUGCCCUGGCUUUUGGUAGCAGGGGGGCCACAGAGGUGGCUUCUAUGAAAAGCUACUAGAAGCUUCCAUCAUAUAAGCCAAUCUCUGAUGGGUCUGAAGAUGGACAUGCUGCUGGCCAAAGCUGGGCCAAUUAGAAAGGUUGGUAAUGUCUCUGUGAUAACAUAUUUAAGAACAGAAUCAAAAAGUGAGGGCACAGUUUUCCCUAGCCAGAGAUGCCUGUAUAACUUAGAUCAAAGUUACAAAGUGCUUAUAUAGCUUGAGUUAUAAUAUAGCUGUAUAACCUGAUGUAUCUAUAUAAACUGAUAUCAAUAUAACCCAAAGAAUGACUUUUUAUGUAUCUGUAUAACCUGAUACCUGUGUAACCUGAAUAAUAGUUUUUUAUACCUAUAUAGCAUGAUACAACUUUUUAUACAAGGUAUUGGCUAGUAUAUGGUUAACUAAUUGCUUACUGCUGAAUAGACAAAAAAGGAAGAAAAAAUCACCAGGUGGAUAGCUUUAGAGAUAGAUAAGUAUAGUGCUAAUGAAAAAUUGGCAAAUACAAAGCCAGUUAGCCACAAACCAAAGAAUUUAGGCCGGUUAAGAGCAGACACAUCAAGGAACACCAUAACUGUACAUGAUCCAAAGACAAAGUUGAAAAGUUCAGAUGUGAGGAAGACUUUGGAAGCCUUCAUCAAAGAUCCCUGAUAACCCCCAAAUUGGGGAGAUGUGAGCACAGUGCAAAAGAACUAAUAACCCUGAGAUCAUACAAUGUAAAUUAGUUCUGGCAUGUACAUGAUGAUGUUGUAGCUGCAUAAUGAUGCUAAGCAAUACUUACUGUAUAAAUAUACCACAGUGUGGAGGCCUUUGAGCCUAUUAGGGAAACUUCUAGGGUAUUUCCUUGGAAGAAUUUACUAGACACUUCGAGAAUAUCUCACUCCUCAGGGUGAGUCAAAAGGGGCUUCUCCCAUGAUGCCCUGCGACAUUAUGUUAAUCUGUGCUUUCCGCAUAGGUCACUGCCCUUUGCCCUGCCCUUGUACUACCCCUGUGGUCCCAUAUGAUUGGCUCCUGACUCUAUAGUUAACUCAGAGCCCUGCACU